GUUCUCUUUCUGUGUCUCAUUCGCAAGAUGGCGGAGGCUGCAAACUGCAUCAUGGAGAAUUUUGUAACCACGCUGGCUAAUGGGAUGAGCCUGCAGACUCCGCUAGAAGAUGUAACUCCCCACACCUGGGGACAGUCAGGGGCUAGAGCAGCUCUGGAGGUUUCGUGCACCCAGCCGGAAAGCAGCGUCAAGCCGACGGCAGAGGAGAUGACCUCCAAGGAUUACUAUUUUGAUUCUUACGCCCACUUCGGGAUCCAUGAGGAAAUGCUGAAGGACGAGGUGCGUACGCUGACCUACAGAAAUUCCAUGUUUCACAACCGGCACCUCUUCAAAGACAAAGUGGUCCUGGACGUUGGCAGCGGAACCGGAAUCCUCUGCAUGUUUGCAGCCAAGGCUGGGGCCAAGAAGGUCAUUGGGAUUGAGUGCUCCAGCAUCUCUGACUAUGCGGUCAAAAUCGUCAAAGCCAACAAACUCGACCAUGUUGUGUCCAUCAUCAAGGGAAAAGUGGAGGAAGUGGAGCUGCCUGUGGAGAAGGUUGACAUCAUCAUCAGUGAGUGGAUGGGCUACUGCCUCUUCUACGAGUCCAUGCUCAAUACUGUCAUCUACGCCCGGGACAAGUGGUUGACUCCUGAUGGACUCAUAUUUCCAGACCGUGCUACGCUGUACAUCACAGCUAUUGAAGACCGGCAAUACAAAGACUACAAAAUCCACUGGUGGGAGAAUGUGUACGGCUUCGACAUGUCAUGCAUCAAAGAUGUGGCAAUCAAAGAGCCGUUGGUGGAUGUCGUUGACCCCAAGCAAUUGGUGACCAAUGCCUGCCUCAUCAAGGAGGUGGACAUCUACACAGUGAAGGUGGAGGACCUCACCUUCACGUCGCCCUUCUGUCUCCAAGUGAAACGCAAUGACUACAUCCAUGCCUUGGUUGCCUACUUCAACAUAGAGUUCACCCGUUGCCACAAGCGCACUGGAUUCUCCACCAGCCCCGAAUCUCCCUAUACCCACUGGAAGCAGACAGUCUUUUACAUGGAGGACUACCUAACAGUGAAGACCGGGGAGGAGAUAUUUGGCACCAUUGGCAUGAAACCCAAUGCCAAGAACAAUCGAGAUCUGGACUUCACCAUCGAUCUGGACUUCAAGGGCCAGUUGUGUGAGCUGUCGUGUUCGACGGAUUACCGGAUGCGUUAGUCCAUCUGCCCACGGCCCGUUUUUUCUCCUCCUCCUCCAGCCGACCUUGCACCCAGAGCUAACCCCUCCCUGUCGUCCUAUUCAGUUGGCGUAUCACUAAUUCAUUUCAUUGUGUAGUUCCCUGUUGCUGCAACUCUGGGCCAGCAAGGAGAGAGAGGGUCAGUAUUAGAGGCUAGGGGGAAAUAGCCAAGACCCCCUUCCGAAACCCCAUUGCCCCUUGUUUGCAAAAUCCCCCCUCGCCCCGCCCCGUCCCCCCCCCAGCCAGGAACUGGAGACUGUGAGCACAACUGAAGACACGCACGUGGUUUGUCCUUCCGUCCGUUUGUCCUGAGGCCUGAGUGCUGACAGCAGACUUCCAUCAUGGAUUUUUUAAAAUUUUUGUUAGUUAAAUCAUUGUCGGUCUCCACUGACAAAACUGUGUUGCCUAGAAUUCUUCUCCUUCCCACACCCUUUUCCAGAAUAACUCUCAAUCUCCUCUUCUCCAGUGCAAACGCUGCUUUGGUUGUUUUUUUUUUGGGGGGGGGGGAGUUUAAACACAUCUAUCCAGUGUCCAAUUGUGGGGGGAGGAAUGGGUGUCCCAACAGGUGUUUUUUUUUAAUCAAGAGGGGAUGUGGAAAUGUGGGUGAGAGGAAAAAGGCAUCUCCAUUUUGUGGGUUGUUGUUCCUUCACUGACGGUUUUGUACUUUUCCCUCUUCAAUUCCCUGGUCAGAUCGAUGUGGGGGGUGGUUUUUUUUAAAUCCCUUGCCCUUUUGAAAGCUGACAUCGUGUGACUUUCAUAACUUAUGGUUUUUAUAUGGUUACAUUCAUGAGGAAAAAAAAAAAGAAUAAAGAGGUUGAAACCACC